UUUAUUACUGAUUGCUUUUCUUAGAAAAAUAAUGGAUGAAGUAGAAAUGCAAGAAGAAGAAUAAUGGAUAAAGUAGUAAUGGAAGAAGAAGAAUAAUGGAUGGAGUAAAGUUUACACUUAUUACGAUUAUUUCAGUUGCUAUUUUUACUAACAGUGUUUCGUUGUAUUUCCUCUUCAAAAAACAAAAAAAGAAUAACUACGUUAUAUUGUGUAUUAACUUGUCUUUAAGUGAUUUAUUACAAAGUAUUGCAGGAUAUAUACCAGCACUCUUUAUUGAUGCUAAAUUACAAAAAGCUACGAUGUUAUGCAAACUCUCUGCCUUUUUUAUAGCUUUUCCUUCAUUUACGACAAUUGCAAUGCUUACUUCAAUGGCUCUUUCAAGAAUGGUGCUCUUAAGUACAUGUUUCCAUUGCAACCAAAUUAACUACAAAAUAUUAUUUAGGAAAAUUGGUUUUAUUUCAUGGAUUUAUGGAUUUAUUUGGGCUGUUUUUCCUCUUUUUGGAUUUUCUUCCUACACAUUAGAAGGUACGCACUCUAGAUGUUCAAUUGACUUUUCUCCUAAAACUAUUGCUGAUAAAGUUUAUUUGAUAAUGAUAGUGGCUUUUGGAUUUUUAAUUCCUGUUAUGUCAAUUUUAAUUUCAUGUAUAUAUACAGCCAAAGUGAUGCGCUCAAAGUAUAAGUUUUUUUAUGUGACAUAUGGCAAAGAAAAUGUAGAAACAAAAAGGUACAAAGAAAAAGAAAAAAAAGCGUUUUCGUCAUUUGUAUUAAUGGUAACAUCGUUUAUAAUUUGUUGGUCACCGUAUGCUACAAUUGGUUGUUUAUCAGCUUUUACAUUAACUAGAAUACCAAAAUGGCUUCUUCAUUCAGCUGCCUUUUUAGGAAAGUUAUCUGCAGUAGUAAACCCUUUUAUUUAUUAUUGGAAGGAUGGACUAUUCAAAAAACGUUUUACAAGCACAACAUGGAAUGCAUCUUAUUUCAUUAGUAAAAGUCAACAAAACAUUGAAGAUAACCAAAAGAACUCUAGGGGUGCACUUAGAAACUAUAUGAAUGUUUUUUGUGGCUAAGUUAAAGUCACUUUACCUUUUCAGAUAACCACCACAUUUUAUUAAUUCAAUUACUUUGUAAACUUUCGCUCUCUCUCUCAAAAAAAAAAUAUCACGAAUCAAUUUAAAAAAGAAUUUAAAAUUAAUCAACCAAUGAAAACCAAUAAAGAUUGUGGAGCAUUAAAGUCGCAACUAAACUUUGUACUAAAAAGUAUUACAGUUUUUAAUUAUCUAACACCCCUUUCCCCAUGCUUUCUGAAUCUUUUACAAAAACUUAGAAAAUCUUUUACAAACAAGAAACCGCAAGCAAAAGUUUGCCAAACGUUUGCGAAAUAAUUUCAUAAUGUAUUUGCAAAAACAUUUAUUUAAAUAUAUUAUUUAAAAUAAAUAAUUUAAGUAAAUUAUCAUUUACAACAAUCUUUUUAGUUGGCUCAAUUAGUCAAAUAGCACAACAACGGAAAUAAAAAAACGUUAUUUUAAAUAUGGUUUUCAGUUCUCUGAACUCUUAACUUUUAUUUUAUUCUAGCACAAACUUAUUUAAUAUAGAAACAAAAAUAGUAUUAUGAGUCACGCUCGACUACUUACUGUGUACAAGUCGUAGCUACGUUAAAAAGGCUUUGACCGAAAGAUGUAGAUGGUUCUUAUUAUAGAUUCAUUUUUUACAUUUUUGACUUG